CCCCGCCCGGCCACGAGGGCGGGACUACAAGCCCCAGGGUGCCCCGGGCCGGGCGGGGCGGCGCUGCGCGCAGCAUGGCCGGGUUCGCCGACCUGAACGUGCCGCAGGGCCCGGACAAGAAGGGGCUGCAGAGCUUGCUGGAGGCUGCGGCUCGCCUGGGAUAUUCUGCAGUUGCUCUUAAUCAUGUCAUCGAUUUUAAAGAAAAGAAACAGGAAAUUGCCAAGCCAGUAUCUCCGUCAGAGUUGUUUCCGUCUUUACCUAUUGUACAAGGGACAUCUAAACAACUUAAAGUCUUAACCCGUCUGACACUUGUUGUUUCUGAUCCUUCCCACUGUAAUCUCUUGAGAUCAACAUCUUCAAAUAUAAGGUUAUAUGACAUCAUAGCAGUAUUUCCAAAAACGGAGAAACUGUUCCAUAUUGCUUGCACAACUCUAGACGUAGAUAUUGUGUGCAUAAAUGUAACAGAAAAGCUGCCGUUCUACUUCCGAAGGCCCCCUGUGAAUAUGGCAAUAGAUCGAGGCAUUUACUUUGAACUUCUUUACACGCCUGCCAUCAAAGACUCCACAAUGAGAAGAUACACAAUUUCAAAUGCAAUCAGCCUGAUGCAGAUCUGCAAAGGAAAGAACAUCGUUAUAUCUAGUGCAGCUGAAAGGCCUCUGGAACUACGAGGUCCUUACGAUGUGGCAAAUCUAGGUUUGCUGUUUGGCCUGUCAGAAAGUGAAGCCAAGGCAGCUGUGUCUACCAACUGCAGAGCCACCAUACUUCAUGGAGAAACCCGGAAGAGUGCCUGUGGGGUUGUGUACACAGUGAAGAAGCUCUGCAAGGUUGAGGAGGAAGAAACUGUGCCAGCCUGCAAAAAGGCUAAAACUCAAGCUUGAGAACUGAGCCAAUCGACAACAGGAACCUCCACCCCGUCUUUACCCAGUACUAAAUCUUCCCCCACGCUCCAGCCAGCUCAGUUCCUCACUUGGUAAUUUAUUUAGCCCAGAGAGCUAUUCUUCUGGUGUAAAGUGAGGAAGGCUGUGGGAAUGGGAUUGCCAUGAGUAGUUCACCACAUCUGGAAGGUCAUCCUCUUGUUGGGCUUCUGGCCAAGGUCAGGAGGGCAUCUCUCCAACCUGUUCUAGGUUUUCUGGAGUCAGUGCAAACUUGACAGAAUAUUUCAAGCAUGGAGAAACUUUCUAUUGUAUAACUGUGCUCUUUUUUAAUAAAAAAUAUUUUGAAGAACGCCUGCCUUUAAAGUCUAGCUCCUACAGUUUUCAGGUUUUGAAACAUGUCUCUGUACUAAGCUGUGCAACUAAAAGUCAGUUUAACUUCUGUGGCCUGGGAGAAUAAUUGUGCAGUAAAAAAUGAUCUGCUUUCCUUUUUGUUUUGUGACCAAUGACUAUGAAGAAAGUUCCAGCAUCUCUCACUUAGUAGGAGAUGCUUUAAAUUUGUAUUACAAUAGUACUGAGUGAUUUGACCUGUUGGACACACCUUCUACAGGCCAUCCCUGUCCCAAAGCACAUGAAACCAAACAGUAAUGUGAGACAGUUGCUGCAGAUGGAAGGAAGAGCCCAAGGUGACAUCGAACGUGUGCUCAGCAUGGUAUGCUGUAGUUGCAGUGUUUCAGCUGUCUCACCUAGGCCUGAGUGGUGUCCACAUCACAUAAAUGUUACUGCAUCAUGUCCCUUUUUUCGUUUCCUGGUCUGGCAGUGUUGCCUCUAAGAGUGUUCCUUUUGCUGCCUCCUGCCUUUCUGUAUCCCUUCAUGUUACUGCUUCAGUAAACCUAAUCUGGCUGCCAAAAAAGCAGUCACAACAGAUUUGUAAUCCAUGGAGCCUUUUCAGAUCUCUUCCAACGUUUUUCUUUUGAUUAAAUCGAUAUUAAAAAAAAAGAAAAGUAAGAUACUGUACUUAAGAUACUCUUGAGCCAGCUUUACUCUGAAUAUUUCAAUUCUCUAUUUGUAUCUGACAACUAGCUGAGAAGUGCAAGCUGUAGCAUGUAAAAUACUGCAGAAAUCUUGCAGUGGAUUAUCUCUGUGCUCUCAGUAACUGGACUAAGCAGAAUGAGAAUGAAGUUCUCAGUAAGCUAACAGUUCCAUCAAAUGCUGACGGGAGUCACAACAGCUUGUGCUUCAUUGAACAAAUAAUUAAAUACUUUAUCCUUUGUUUUUA